UAUUAGAGUGUCGUCGAGAGGUGUGUAUCGUUCGUGUUGAUUUUCAGUGUUUUAAUCGUGUACGAAGAGGAUUUUUACCCGCAAUACGUUUCCUGUUUAACUGUAAUGCAAUAUCCUUUGUAGGAUUUUCUCUUGCUUAAGGAACUCUAACAUGAAAAUGGUUUUGUCCCAACGGCAGCGAGAAGAGCUUAAUAAGGCGAUCGCUGACUAUUUGAAUAGCAAUGGCUACAAAGAUGCCUUGCAGGCGUUUAAAAAGGAGGCGGAUAUGCCCGGAGAAGUCGAUCGAAAGUUUGGCGGUCUUCUCGAAAAGAAAUGGACGGCGGUCAUUCGCCUUCAAAAGAAAGUGAUGGAACUCGAAACGAAAUUGAGCGAGGCCGAGAAAGAAUAUAUCGAAGGAGCCCCGACUAGAGGGAAACGAUGCCCGUCUGAAUGGAUUCCAAGACCGCCCGAAAAGUUCUCACUAAGCGGUCACCGAGCCCCCGUGACACGAGUAAUUUUCCACCCGCUUUUUAGCGUGAUGGUAUCGGCCAGCGAAGACGCAACCAUCAAAGUGUGGGAUUUCGAAUCGGGCGAGUACGAGCGCACCCUCAAGGGUCACACCGAUUCGAUUCAAGACAUCGCCUUCGACUCAACAGGAAAAACAUUGGUCUCUUGCAGCGCGGACAUGUCGAUUAAGUUAUGGGAUUUCCAGCAAACGUUCGAUUGCGUCCGAACGAUGCUCGGGCACGACCAUAAUGUAUCGAGCGUCGCUUUUAUGCCAGCGGGGGAUUUCGUCGUUUCAGCCAGUCGAGACAAGACGAUUAAAAUGUGGGAUGUAACCACCGGGUAUUCGGUUAGGACGUUUGUUGGGCAUCGAGAAUGGGUUAGAAUGGUUCGACCAUCCCCCGAUGGGUUAAUGUUGGCAAGUUGUUCGAACGACCAAACCGUUCGAGUGUGGCUCGUUUCGACCCGGGAAUGUCGAGCUGAGUUACGAGCCCACGAACACGUAAUCGAAUGUAUAGCUUGGGCCCCAGAAUCUGCUUCAUCAGCUAUUAACGAGGCUGUCGGCUCCACCGAUAAUCGAAAAGCCUCGCAUACGGGGCCGUUUUUGGUGUCGGGAUCGCGAGAUAAAACGAUACGUAUUUGGGAUGUAACAGCGGCGGUUUGUUUGAUUUUACUUCAAGGGCACGAUAAUUGGGUUCGAGGAGUCGUUUUUCAUCCUGGAGGGAAAUUUUUGGUUUCUGCUAGUGAUGAUAAAACGCUACGCGUUUGGGAUCUGAGAAAUAAACGCUGUAUGAAAGUUAUUAAUGCUCAUAAACAUUUCUGUACGUCUUUAGAUUUUCAUAGGUCACAUCCUUAUGUUAUAUCUGGAAGUGUUGAUCAAACGGUGAAGGUAUGGGAGUGCCGUUAAACAUCAGAAAAGAUUAAAAAAAGGAGGAAAAGUGGAUUAUGGAUGUAAUUAUUGUUUUUUAAAAUGCAAUUUCUUCCUUUUUUGUUAAAAAAAAUCGAAGUAAUACUUAAGGGAAUGUAACUUAUUUAAGAUCGUAAUUUAUGUAAAGUUAUUUUUUUUUUUUUUUUAAUCGGAUUACCUCAAAGGUGGUUUGAUAUUUUUUUAAGUAAACAUACAUUAUAAAUUCUCCUAAUCUAGUAAAAACCUAAUAAAAAUUGGAACGAAAAAGCUUCCCAUUCAAAUGACGACGAUUUAUAAGUGGAUUUGAAUGCUUAGUUUUUUCUAAUAUAUAAAUAAUUAUUGUAUGCCUGUCUUAUGUAGCGCACGCCUCUAGAUACAAAGUAGUUUUGAAGCAGAAGUAAGCAUUGCCAGAAUGUUAAUUUAAAAAAAACCUAUAAAAAUAUCCUUUUAAGCAAGAUCUUACAAUAUAAACUAAAUAUGGAAUGUUCUUUUUUAGUAACUUAGUUUAUUACUUUGGCAAUUCUUACGCGAUAAUACUCUUUUGUAUAUUUCUUCCCCGUCAUAAACAAUAUUUACUAAAAAAAAGCUUAUUUUUGUUACUGUAUAAAUGAUUUAAGUGAUGUUAUUUUCUUUAAGAUAAAAAGAAAUUAAUAAUCAGUUCGAUUAUUGCACUAGCACAAUAUUCCUUAACGAAAACAAAGUGAAAAACUCAAUUAGAAUUGUUAUUUCCUGUAUAUACAUUUAAGAAUACAAAUUUAUAAAAUUGCAA